AUGGCGGCCAAUGCGGGCGGCGGUGGAGCGGGAGGAGGCAGCGGCAGCGGCAGCGUGGCUGCGCCGGCGGUGUGCCGCCCCAGCGGCUCGCGGUGGACGCCGACGCCGGAGCAGAUCAGGAUGCUGAAGGAGCUCUACUACGGCUGCGGCAUCCGGUCGCCCAGCUCGGAGCAGAUCCAGCGCAUCACCGCCAUGCUGCGGCAGCACGGCAAGAUCGAGGGCAAGAACGUCUUCUACUGGUUCCAGAACCACAAGGCCCGCGAGCGCCAGAAGCGCCGCCUCACCAGCCUCGACGUCAACGUGCCCGCCGCCGGCGCGGCCGACGCCACCACCAGCCAACUCGGCGUCCUCUCGCUGUCGUCGCCGCCUUCAGGCGCGGCGCCUCCCUCGCCCACCCUCGGCUUCUACGCCGCCGGCAAUGGCGGCGGAUCGGCUGGGCUGCUGGACACGAGUUCCGACUGGGGCAGCAGCGGCGCUGCCAUGGCCACCGAGACAUGCUUCCUGCAGGACUACAUGGGCGUGACGGACACGGGCAGCUCGUCGCAGUGGCCAUGCUUCUCGUCGUCGGACACGAUAAUGGCGGCGGCGGCGGCCGCGGCGCGGGUGGCGACGACGCGGGCGCCCGAGACACUCCCUCUCUUCCCGACCUGCGGCGACGACGACGACGACGACAGCCAGCCCCCGCCGCGGCCGCGGCACGCAGUCCCAGUCCCGGCAGGCGAGACCAUCCGCGGCGGCGGCGGCAGCAGCAGCAGCUACUUGCCGUUCUGGGGUGCCGGUGCCGCGUCCACAACUGCCGGCGCCACUUCUUCCGUUGCGAUCCAGCAGCAACACCAGCUGCAGGAGCAGUACAGCUUUUACAGCAACAGCACCCAGCUGGCCGGCACCGGCAGCCAAGACGUAUCGGCUUCAGCGGCCGCCCUGGAGCUGAGCCUCAGCUCAUGGUGCUCCCCUUACCCUGCUGCAGGGAGCAUGUGA